AUGGCUAUGAUCACUUGCUCCUCUUCUUCUUCUUCUUCCCCCACUUCUCCACCAUGGCUUCCGCUCUUCCUCUUCUUCCUUUGUGUCUUCUCCACUUCCUUCUUUUCUUCAACAGCAAAAAUUCUUUAUGCUCCCCACUGCAACACCAUUGUACCUGAAGCCAAGUCGACCAACCGCUUCACGACCUCACACUCUGCCUUCGACAUCUACCAUGGUUACUUUUCCGGCGGUGCCAAAAUCUUCCACCUGGAGCAUUUGUCCUUCUACUUCAGGCCCUUUUACCUCUACAAGACCCUGUCGCCGGACAGCCUUCAAGUAGAUGGAGAAUUAGUCCUUCGUGGUGCAAAAAUUCUGGAGCCGAGUAAACCUUCAAGGAGUUAUUUGAACUACUCUCGCGGCAACAUCAGCACUGAAGAAACAAGAUUCCACUUCUCUGGCUUUUGGUCCAAGUCAACCGGCAUGCUUUGCAUGGUUGGCCAUGGCACCUUCACCCAAACCGAAGGUAAGUCGCGUCCUCUAUCUGCCGUUUUCAAGCUUUUCUACCCACAAAACGCCACCAUUCAUACCAGCCUUGUGAAGGGGACUUUAGAAAGCUUGAGUAGUGACGACGCUGAUGACUUCCUCAACUUUGAUCCUAUCUUUCUUUUAGCCUAUGCACAAAAUAAUUAUAAUUUCACUAUGAAAUCUCAAGCCAACAGAGCAUGCUCCUCCCUUCCAGAGCUUGAGAACUCCAUGAGUUUUGAUGGUGAUUCAGUUUGUAAUUUUCUCACAUACUUGGCUUACCAACCAUUCAAAUUAGACUAUGAGAGUUGCUCCGGUGACAGUAGCGGCUGCAAAACCUUAGAUGCGAACCUGGGAUUCUCCUCGAGAUUCGUGUACUUUGAUAUGGUCCAGUGCAGAGACGAAGGCAAGCUGCAGUUGCUGAUGGAAUUUUCCAAUAAGAGUCGGCGUGAAUAUGCUAGAGCACUGGUGCCUGAGAAGUCCCUUGUUGGCGAAGGGUAUUGGGAUCUCAUAACACUGAAGAACAGAAGUGACAUCGUCGGUCAAAUGUGGAGUAACAAGAACAAGGAUGAUGCCGGCUACUUGAGCAACGUCUCCUUCCGGAGUUGGAGAUAUCAAGGGUUUACAACUGCUAGCUACAAAUACACUGAAAUAGAUUCUGUCAGAAAGAAUUGCAGAGCGAUUCUGGGUUUGCAUUCGAGCGAGCAUGUGUUUCCCGGUGCCAAUGACUUGAACUUUCGUGCGGACUUUAAUGAUUCUGCGGGAAGAAUUGGUUGGGGGAGACUGAAAACGUUAUCAGUGGGAGACAAGUUAUAUGAACAUGCUGCAACUGUGGUUAUGUCAGCUAGCAGCCCGACUCAAGAUGAGGAAAGUAGUGGUACCCUUAACAAAACGUCGUUGAAUAAGGAUGUGAAUGUAAGCUGUUCUAUAACCUACCGCUAUAGAACUGGAAGAAUUCUGAAGAUGCAGCUCUUCUCUAAUUUUUCUGAAGAAUUCGAAAUUGCAGCUGAGGGAGUUUACAGUUCGGCAACUGGAAUGCUCUGCAUGAGGGGAUGCCGGUAUCCAAAUUUGGACUCUGAGAAUCACAUGCCUAUGGACUGCGACAUCUCGAUCGACAUCCAGUUCCCCCCUCUCAAUCCAAAAUCAGAGGAUCAGGGCAUCAUUAAUGGCACCAUCAGAAGCACAAGAGAAGAGUCCGAUUCUCUUUACUUCAAACCAAUUACAGUGUUCCUCCGUCGUUACAUGUUCGUGGCGACUGCAGCGGAGUCGAUCUGGAGAAUGGAGAUGGAGACAGUCAUGGUGCUGAUCUCCCUCACCUUUUCAUGCUUGUGCAUCUUGUUACAGAUCGUCCAUGCCAAUAAGCACCGCGACGUCGUUUCGUCCAUUUCCAUUGUCAUGCUCCUGAUCCUCAAUCUGGGCUUCGUCAUUCCUCUGGUGCUCAACUUCGAAGCCCUGUUCGUGAACCAGAAGCAGAAUAAUCUCUCCCUGGGAAAUGGUGGGUGGCUCGACGUCAACGAGGUGAUUGUGAGAACGCUAUCCUUGGCGUCUCUGUUCCUGACCUUCCGCCUGCUUCAGCUCGCGUGGUCCGUCAGAUCGGCAGAGGAUAGCAAGGCUCAAAGUGUGGCAGAGAGGAGAAGCCUCAAGCUGUGUCUGCCGCUCUACUUCGCCGGUGCGCUGCUCACUUGGUGGGCCAACCGAAAGACGUCCUCGGCAAACCAACUGCGGGAUGAGCUAAUCCUUUAUGCCGGCCUGGUGCUCGAUGGAUUCCUGCUGCCUCAGAUCGUCUUUAAUCUUUUCCACAAAUCGAAGGAGAGAGCUUCGAUGACUUUGACGCCGUUCUUUUACGUGGGGAUCACGCUCACGAGAGCACUGCCGCACUUGUACGACGCCUAUCGAAAGCGGCGCUACGUGAACGCAGUGGAUGACUCGUCGAGGCUUUACGCGAGGGCGGAUGGGGAGUUCUACUCGGUGGCGUGGGAUGUGGUGGUGCCUUGCGGAGGAAUGCUGUUGGCGGUGAUCGUGGGCCUGCAGCAGCGGUUCGGUGGUGGCUUCUUGGUUCCUCGGCGAUUGAUGAAGAAGAAUCUCGCUGGGUAUGAGUCGGUGCAGGCGGUGGGACUCUAG